UUUUUUUCAGAAUGACUGUCUCCCUUGUGGUUAUCAUGUUCGAGUUGACAGGCAGUUUGGAAUUCAUCGUACCUACGAUGGUUGCUACGAUGUUUUCGAAGUGGAUUGGCGAUGCAAUUUGCAAAACCGGAAUUUACGAUGCCCACAUUGAGCUGAAUGGUUAUCCAUUCUUGGAUAACAAGGAAGAAUAUCCUUACUCAACUAUCGCUAUACAGGUGAUGCGACCAAGUCCAGCUGUUGCGCCUUCUAGCCUUGCGCCGGAAAACCAACAGGAACGAAAUGAUCUGGCUGUGAUAGUUCAGGAUGGAAUGUCUGUCGGUGACAUUGAACAACUGUUACGAGAAACUAACUUCAACGGAUUCCCUGUUGUUGUAUCUACAAAUAGUAUGUACUUGGUUGGAUUCGUUACUCGACGCGACCUACAACUUGCUUUGCAUGCAGCACGAAAAACUCAACCAUAUGUUGUAACAGAUUCUUUGGCUUACUUUUCUAAUCAAGUUCCUGAAUCAACAGCGGGAGGUCCUGCUCCACUCAGAUUAAGGAAGAUAAUAGAUCUCGCCCCCAUGACGGUAACUGAUCAGACGCCGAUGGAAACAGUUAUCGAUAUGUUUAGGAAGCUUGGUUUGCGGCAAGUGAGUUGUAAAACUUUUGUACACGGUUGCUGUUAUAGGUGCAUAAAAUAG